CCCGCGGCCGUCGACGAGGAGCGCAAGAAGUCGUCUGCCAUGCGCCCUCCCAAGUCCGGCCAGUUUUCUGGGCGUAUGACCGGCAAAUCCGGCCAGUGGCGCAAGUCGGGUCCCAUCGAGGAGGAGGAGGAGGACCCGUUCAUCGACGACGACAUCCCCGACGACUUCAACCGCGGGAAGCUGGACGCUCUCACCAUACUGCAGUGGGUGAGCCUGGUGAUCAUCAUCGGGGCACUGGCGUGCAGCCUCGCGAUAAGGCCGCUGUCACGGAAGCGGCUCUGGGAGCUGCACCUCUGGAAGUGGGAGCUCCUCGUGUUGGUGCUCAUCUGCGGCCGCCUCGUCUCCGGCUGGGCCAUCCGGAUCGCGGUCUUCUGCGUGGAGCGCAACUUCGUGCUGCGCAAGCGCGUGCUCUACUUCGUCUACGGCGUGCGCGGCGCCGUGCAGAACGCGCUCUGGCUCGGCAUGGUGCUCGCCUCCUGGCACUUCCUGUUCGACGAGGGCAUCAACACGGCGGUGCUGCCCUACGUGACCAAGGUGCUACUCUGCCUCCUCGUUGCCACGCUCGUCCGCCUCGUCAAGACGCUUCUCCUCAAGGUGCUCGCCUCGUCCUUCCAUGUCUCCACAUACUUCGAUCGGAUCCAGGAGGCGCUCUUCAACCAGUACGUCAUCGACACGCUCUCCGGGCCACAGCUGGUCGACGAGGACUACGUGAUCGCCGAGGUGCGCGAGCUCCAGCGCGCCGGCGCAGACAUCCCGAAAGAGCUGCAUCCCGCCUUGCCAACCAAGAACCUGUCGGGGCAAAGGGGCACCCGGGUCUCGGGUUUGAUCUCCAGGGGAAUCAAUCCGCUGUCCAAGGAGAAGAAGCGGCGUGAGGCUGAUGAAGGGAUCACCAUUGACAAGCUCCAUAGGCUCAACCAGAGAAACGUCUCGGCAUGGAACAUGAAGAGGCUCGUGAAGAUUGUUCGUUUCGAGACGCUCGCCACAAUGGACGAGCAGAUCCAGCAGGCAACUACAGGGGACGGGGCCGAGUCAGGGACACAGAUUCACACCGAAUAUGAGGCGCAGCUCGCCGCCAAGAAGAUCUUUCACAACGUAGCCAAGCCUGGUUCCAAGCACAUAUACUUGGCAGACAUGAUGCGCUUCAUGAAGCAGGAGGAAGCCAUCAAAGCUAUGCAUCUUUUUGAAGGAGCACAAGAGCACUGUAGGGUCGGCAAGAAGUCUAUGAAGAACUGGGUGGUGAAUGCAUUUAGAGAGCGCAAAGCUCUUGCCCUCACACUUAACGAUACAAAAACAGCAGUUAACAAGCUUAACCAGAUGGCCAAUGUUGUUGUUGGCCUCAUAGUGUUUGCUCUUUGGCUUCUAAUUCUCGGCGUAGCGACGACACAUUUCUUUGUCUUCCUCAGUUCGCAGCUUCUUGUGGCAGUGUUUGUAUUCGGAAAUACCUUGAAGACGAUUUUUGAGGCAAUAAUCUUCUUAUUCGUGAUGCAUCCUUUCGACGUCGGCGACCGCUGUGAAAUUGAAGAGGUUCAGGUCGUUGUGGAGGAAAUGAAUAUCAUGACAACAAUCUUUCUUCGUUACGAUAAUUUGAAGAUCUAUUACCCAAACAGUGUGUUGGCCACCAAACCAAUUUUUAAUUUCUACAGGAGUCCUGAUAUGGGAGAAGGAGUUGACUUCUCUGUCCAUGUUGCCACCCCGCUGGAAAAACUGGCGCUCAUGAAGGAAAGAAUACUACGUUACAUUGACAGUAAGAAGGAACAUUGGUACCCCGGUGCGAUGGUUGUCCUCCGGGAUGUAGAUGACACCAACAAGCUAAAAGUGUCCAUAUGGCUCCGACACACACUCAACUUUCAGGACAUGGGGAUGAGGUUCGUGAGGAGGGAACUCGUGCUCCAAGAGAUGAUCAGAGUCUUGAAGGACCUCAAUAUUGAGUACCGGAUGUUGCCCCUUGACGUGAACGUGCGAAACGCGCCCCCUCUGCAAUCCACAAGGAUGCCGACGACAUGGAAUUAUUCAUGAAGUGGCGGGGGAAUCCCGUUAUGAUACCACAUAUACAACAAUUACCGUCUCUAUGAUGUGGUGAGAACUGGUAGCAACUAUAGCCAGUAGCUAAUUGAGUUGUCAGUGUGCAUGCAGCUGCGGCGACCAUUGUAAGAGUGUGUUGUGUGGUAUCAAAAGCUUUAAUACACUCGAAGAUAGGCAUACAGAUAGUGGCCGUUCAAAAUAUUGAAAGCAGUCAAUUGCAUAGUUUAGACAAAGCAAUGCUACACUUAUGGUUUGACGAUUACAGAUUAACAUGGUUAUCA